AUGGCAACGCUGGGCAUAAGGCGUCGCUCGGCAGCACAGCAGAAUCUUUAUUAUUUUCCAGUUGAGAACUCGCAGAGUCAGUCAGGCAAGGAAAUGUCAAGUUACGGCCCCAUGCAAAAACAUGCCAUCGACUUCCGCGCACCAAAGAGGCCGGAUUUUAAUGAAGGAAAAUGGCAUUUAGCAAAAGGGGGCGGACACGCUCCAGCCCCAUGUGUGGAGGGGGCGUUGGUGGAACUCUGCACUUCGGCGGCUAAGGUGGGCAACGUCAUGGGCAACGGAGGCGGCGGUGGAGACAUGGGCUGCGGAUAUGUACGGCAAGACUACUAUGGGGCUUCCAGUCCAUCCUUGGCCAGCCUACCACCCAUCUAUGAGUCGCCCAAGAGCAACAGCUGUACGCAACUGCCAAUCAAAAUCGCAGGCAUGAGCCAAGGCAACCCUCUCCACCAUUUUAAGGGGUAUCUCACCGAGGAGUAUCAGCAUUUGCAAAAUUGCACCGACGAUUUAGAUCCAAGCGAAAGUAGCCAAGAAUUAGAAAUGAAGGCGUCACUAGAGAGAGAUCAGCUUUCUUCAAUGAAUUUAAUGAACAUAAAUAGUUUUCCACGCUACAUAGACAACAUGAUAGAUGAUCAUCACUUCAUAGCCCACAUGAACGUGAGCCCCUUGACGGACAAAACCGUGAUAGAAGACAUGACGGAGGUUGCUGAAAUGCUGCAACAACGCAUUCCAAACGCGGAUGAGCCGUUGUCCAAUGACUCAAUGUCAUCCAUAACUUUGCCCAUGGAACCGAACGUACAGCCUAACCCUGAGAACCGAGUGCUAAUGCAGAAGGAGUGUCUCAACAACAACGUCUUCAACAAACUCCUCAGCCAGAACUACAAUCCCCCUCCGAAUGGCAGCUUAACUGAAGUGAACCAGAAGCUGGAGGUGGAGAUUCAGGUCCAGCUGAAUACCCAGCAGCAACUAUCCAACGAUGGAACCAACCUGUUAGACGUGAAUGAGUUCCACACCGUACUGACGCCCACGACCCUCCCCUACCCUGUCAAUGGUCCUGAGAACCUCAGAAGCUGUCUCAACACGCCUGCUGGGCCCUCGAGCUUCAGCAUCAGUUGGCGAGAAUCAAGUGCCCCAAUUCCUUCUCUUCCUGCUAGAGUCCUGAAAGACGAUCCAGAAGGCCUGAUCAAUUGGAAAAAUUUGCGUCUUAAGAUCUCUCAGCAGUUGGGGAUUCCAAUCAACGCACCCCUAGAGUACAUCGACAGAUACACAAUCAAGAAUCCUCUAGCCUACAACGGCCGGAUGACUGGUAGCAGGGGAAGCGCCACCGCGGCGCUGGCUGAUGAAGAGAAAAGCCAAUCGGAGGAGCAGGGCACUGUUCGCAAUUUCUCCUGCAGAGUCUGCUCCAAGAGCUUUGGUCUGCAGCAAAAGCUCAACCGGCAUAUGAAGUGUCACAGCGUGGUCAAGAAAUACAUCUGCAGGGUUUGCUGCAAGGGCUUCAACGACAGAUUUGACCUCAAGCGCCACAUCCGCACCCACACAGGUGUGAAGCCAUACAAAUGCAGCGAUUGCCAGAUGUCAUUCACGCAGAGGUGCACCCAAGAGACGCAUUGUUGGAAUGUUCAUGGCAAGAAGCACAACUACGCCCCUAAGGAGAGGCGAUCAAAAAUAUACGUCUGCGAGGAGUGUGGCAACACCACUGGCGAGCCUGAUGAGCACUAUCUCCACCUCAAGGAACAACACCCGGACAGCGCGGCUUUGCUCAAGGUCAAUGACAGACGUUACUUCAAGUUCGCCAGCAAGCAAUAG